AUGGUCAUGGAGAGAGUCGUCAUCGCUGCCGUCUUCCUUCUCCUCUUCUCAUGCCAACCAUCUGAAGCGGGCCGGGUCGUCGUCCGGCGGCCGCCGCCGACGCUGGCGAGGCGGCAGCGGCACUACACCUCACCGCGCGCGGGCGGCGACGGUGGUGGAGGCGUGUCCGUGCCGCCGGCGGUGCAGUACGAGACGCGGUGGUACACGCAGCGGCUGGACCACUUCAACUCCGCGCCGGCGAGCUACGCGACGUUCCAGCAGCGGUACCUGGUCAACGACACCUUCUGGGGCGGCCCGACCGCGCCCAUCUUCCUGUACGCCGGCAACGAGGGCGACGUGGACCUCUUCACCAACAACACGGGGUUCAUGUGGGAGUCGGCGCCCCGGUUCCGCGCCUUGCUCGUCUUCGUGGAGCACCGCUACUACGGCGAGUCCAUGCCGUUCGGGGGCACCAGGGCGGCCGCGUUCCGGGACGCCCGCACCAAGGGCUACCUCACCGUCACGCAGGCGCUCGCCGACUACGCGUCGUUCGUGCUCAGCCUCAAGGCCAACCUCAGCGCGCCGGCGGCCCCCGUCGUCGUCUUCGGCGGCUCCUACGGCGGCAUGCUGGCCGCGUGGAUGCGCCUCAAGUACCCGCACAUCGUCAUGGGCGCCGUCGCGUCGUCCGCGCCCAUCCUCAGCUUCUACGGCAUCGUCGACCCCUACGCCUUCUACGACCGCAUCACCGACGACUUCAAGAGCGAGAGCAAGCACUGCUACGACGUGCUCCGGAAGUCGUGGGACGUCCUCGACGAUGCGCUCGCCACCAAAGAAGGCCAGGCACAGCUGAGACGUACAUUCACCAUGUGCAAUGGAAGUAGCGUGCAGGACAUCCCGUCUCUGCUGGAGAGCGCGGUGGUGUACGCGGCCAUGACGGACUACCCGACGCCGUCGGGGUUCCUGACGCCGCUGCCGGCGUACCCAGUCCGCGCCAUGUGCCGCGCCAUAGACGCCAGCCGGGCGGAGUCGCUGACGCUGUCCCAGGUCCGGGACGCCAUGGACGUGUACUACAACCACACGGGCGCGGCGGCGUGCUUCCGCGCCGAGGAGGACGACGACCCCCACGGCAUGUACGACGGGUGGAACUGGCAGGCGUGCACGGAGGUGAUGGUGAUGGCGUACGGCAUCCGCGACGGCGGCGUGCUGCAGCCGUCGCCCUUCAACUUCACCGACGUCGUCGACAGCUGCCGCAACUACACCGGGCUGCCGCCGCGCCCGUUCUGGAUCGAGACCGAGUUCGGCGGAUUCGAUAUUGGGAAUGUCCUGAAGAAAUCUGCUAGCAACAUCGUCUUCUUCAACGGGCUGCGGGACCCGUGGAGCACUGGAGGCGUACUGAAGAGCAUCUCUGACAGCAUCAUUGCGCUGGUGGAGCCCAAAGGGUCACACCACGUGGAUCUGAGAUUUUCCAGCAAGGAGGACCCUGAGUGGCUGAAGCAGGUGCGAGUGAAGGAGACCAGGAUCAUAGCGCGCUGGCUCAAGCAAUACUACAGCGACGAGGGCAUUGCAGCCUGAAUUCAUCUUCUUUUAAUUUUCCUCUCUCUCUCUCCCUCCCUCCCCACGUGUUCUUUGAUGUCACGUAGAUUAGGCAGGCUAGUCCUGAUUCAUAAUCUCAUUUUACUAGGUUUUAAAGGUAUCGUACCCUGAAUGGCAGCCAUAAAUAGAUCUACAGAGAAAUAACAUCCCGUCCAAUGCAUAAGGAUCAUAUUAUCAUGA